CUUCAAUACCAUCUCGAGCAACGUCCCAUUCACGGAAGGCAAGGCUAUAUGCUAGCUACGCAGUCGUGUCCAUGGCGGACCUCAGCAGGACGAAGACUAUGUGGCGCGCGGUUGAUUCCGUCCACAUCGUUAUCGUGGCCGCCGAGGCCGAGAGCGGCCGUUCAGGUCCGGACCCUCGAGUCGGAUGCUGGUCAACGCUCCCCAACACCAACCACGCAGCCUCCCAUCGCAGUCUUGGGCGCAGGGCUGAGCGGACUCACUACGACUCUAUACCUCUCACGGGCCCUUCCACAUCGGCGCAUCAUCCUGUUUGAGGCGUCGCAAAGGCUAGGCGGAUGGGUCCAAAGCGAACGCCUCCAGCUACCCAGCGGCAAGCAGAGCGUCCUCCUCGAGGCGGGACCUCGCAGUGUAAGACCAAAGGGUGUCUCCGGAUGGAGCACAAUUGAGACACUACAUUCGCUCGGACUCUUGAAUCAGCUGCUCAUCGUGCCAAGCUCGAGUCCGUCGGCCAAGAAUCGCUUCAUCUGGUAUGGCGGGCAGCUCAACAAGCUACCCUCCUCCCUCCCUGCCUUUCUCGCCUCACUCUUCCGCCUUCCAGUGCUACGCUCCCUCAUCUCCUCAGCCCUGUCAGGCUUACUACGUGAGCCUUUCAGGCCUUCUCGCUUCGCUCGUCCCAAGUCAGAAAGCCCAGACGAAGUAGCCCGCCAACGGAGCCGCGAGCACCUCAUCGACGAGUCCGUCGAGUCCUACAUCCGUCGACGCUUCGGCGACUCGUUCGGCUCUCAGCUCCUCAAUAAUGUCCUCUCUGCAGUGCUACAUGGUAUCUACGCUGCAGAUACGCGACAGCUUAGCGUACGCAGCACACUCUCCAUGCUCUGGAAGACGGAGCAGCGACACGGCUCUCUAUUGCGGGCUAUUCUGCCGCCCAAGUGGAACAAGCGAUACAGGCCGCCAACGAAGGGUGAAGAGGAGGCGCGAGCGAGGGAGGAGCAGGAGAUUGCAGCUGUGAAGGCCGAGGUCGGGCCUGAGUGGACCGCGAAGCUGGAGAAGACUAGUGUGUAUAGUCUGAGAGAGGGGCUGGGCGAAAUUGUGACUGCGAUGAGUGAUGAGAUAACAGCAAGGCGUAACGUCUCUGUUCGGCUGGGUGACGGUGUAGAAGGCAUCUCAGAGGCCAAGGAUGGGGCGAGCCUCUUUGUCACAACACAAGACGGUGAAGAUGUACCCGUUUCGCGGGUCAUCUCUACGCUGUCGUCGUACAAGCUCGCUGAUAUCCUGGCCAACACAAUAGAGGGGGCGAAGCCGGUGCUUGAGGGAGGAGCGUCCGUACUCUCAUUGCUCAGGCAUAACCCGUCGACGAAUGUGGCCGUCGUCACGUUUGCUAUACCGCAGGAGGCCAUAGCAGCGAUGCCCGGUGGCAGGCGGCAUCGCCUCCUCCCAGUCGAUGAAGGAUUCGGCUUCCUCGUGCCGCGAACAGAGACGCCCAACAAUGCAGACGGAAUCCUCGGCGUCGUGUUCGACUCGGACGCUAUCCCGGACCAGGAUUCACCAGACGGUGCUGAUGGAGGUGUAACGAAGCUCACGGUAAUGAUGGGCGGCCCGCACUUUGCUCACGCGACCACACUACCCAGCGAGGAUGAGUGUCUCAACCGAGCAGUACGUGCGCUGGACCGCUUCCUGAGUAUCCCAGAGAGCGUAUCGUUGCACUCAUCCAGUCUGGUACAAGCACGCGUGCAAGCCAAUUGCAUCCCUACGUACCUGCCCGGGCACUACUCACGGAUGAGAAGUUUGGGCGAGGAGCUGGCGAGGGCGACCGCUGCGGGUGGAGGGAGAGUGGCCGUCGCUGGGGCGAGCUACACGGGCGUGAGCGUCAAUGAUGUGAUCAGAGAGGCCAAGUUGACGGCGCAGAGAAUCGCCAGAGCCGAGGAGCGUGAGAAGGCUAAUGGCGGCGGCGACAUUAUUGCGGUGACGGGGCUGGAGGCGUUCGCGGCGGAGGACUGAUUAGGGAAUUGAUAUCCAUUGUUUUGCUU